AUAUAUGUCUUCUCUCUUGGCCACUCUUUCUAUCCACCCUUCAUUUCUUAAUCAUAUUCCAAAAUAUAUAUCUUCACUCUAUCUUCUUAUAUAUAUUUCAAUCCUCACUACUAAAAACCUACUUCAUCAUCUUUUUUUCUAUAUUCUUAACUCUUUGAAAGAUGAUUUGUAUGGUAUCACGAUCUGGAAGGGAGUUGCAGAGAUACAAUACCAUGGGUGGCAGACAAGUUGUAGGAUGCAUACCUUAUAGAUAUAAACAAGACAUAAAUGGUAACAGAAGCAACGAAUUGGAAGUACUAAUGGUUAGUUCACAGAAAACUCAAAGACUAAUGUUUCCUAAGGGAGGAUGGGAACUUGAUGAAUCUCUACAAGAAGCAGCUUCUAGGGAGUCUCUUGAAGAAGCAGGUGUUAUAGGAUUAGUUGAGUGUGAAUUGGGACAGUGGAAUUUCAUUAGCAAAAGAUAUGGAAUAUACUAUGAAGGCUAUAUGUUCCCUUUGUUUGUCAAGGAGCAACUUGAUCAUUGGCCUGAGAAAAAUCUUAGGACAAGAGUAUGGAUGAGUGUUGGUGAAGCUAGAGAAGUUUGUCAACAUUGGUGGAUGAAAGAAGCAUUAGAUAUAUUGGUUCAAAGACUCAUUUCUUCACAGCAACAAUAAAAGAUAUAU